AUGACGUCAGGCCCUCUUGUGCCUCUGGGGGUGACCUGUCCCAGACCCGAUGCUGGAGGUUCCCAGAGUCUGGAGGGGUCGGACGCCCAGACCAGCCGCCCCGUGCCCAGAAGCCGCGGUCCCUGCGCCACAGAGAGAGGCCGGUGCAGCGGGCGCCUCCUGGGCCGCUGCGGCAAAGGCUGGGCGGCCGCGCCCUCCCCCCGCGUGUCCUCAGCCUGGGGGGGCUGCGUGGAGGUGGACUCAGAGACUGAGGCCGUGUACGGGAUGACCUUCAAAAUUCUGUGCAUCUCCUGCAAGCGGCGCAGCGAGACCACCGCCGAGACCUUCACGGAGUGGACCUUCCGCCAGAAGGGCACGGAGGAGUUCGUCAAGAUCCUGCGCUACGAGAACGAGGUGCUGCAGCUGGAGGAGGACGAGCGCUUUGAGGGCCGCGUGGUGUGGAACGGCAGCCGGGGCACCAAGGACCUGCAGGACCUGUCCAUCUUCAUCACUAACGUCACCUACAACCACUCGGGCGACUACGAGUGCCACGUCUACCGCCUCCUCUUCUUCGAGAACUACGAGCACAACACCAGCGUCGUCAAAAAGAUCCACCUUGAGGUGGUGGACAAGGCCAACAGAGACAUGGCGUCCAUCGUGUCGGAGAUUAUGAUGUAUGUGCUCAUCGUGGUGUUGACCAUAUGGCUCGUGGCAGAGAUGGUGUACUGCUACAAGAAGAUCGCGGCUGCCACAGAGGCCGCUGCACAGGAGAACGCCUCGGAAUACCUGGCCAUCACCUCAGAAAGCAAAGAGAACUGUACGGGCGUCCAGGUGGCCGAAUAGCCCUGGCCCUGGGCUCCACCUCAAGGAAGAGCCGGCCCUAAUGGGGAACAUCCGGCACAGCCACAGCCUACCCCCAGUGGGUGUUGGCCAUCCCGGGCCUCCACAAGCCUCAGAGCCCUGCCGACGGAGCCACCAGGGUGGGAGGGGCAGGGGGCUUGGCUCACACCCCAAUCCAGCCUUCUUCCUCCUGCCCCAUCACCCACCCGAGUCGUGCAUGACGGGUAAAGCAAUACUGCCGCUGCCCCCACCCCUGCUUCUGCUGCCUGUUUGUGGGGGGGCGGUGAGGUGGGGGCAGCGGCCCCGCACCCUCCUUCUUGCUGAUUUGCACACACUGGCCGCUUCAGACACGCACCAGGGGGCCCAGCCCCUCCCUGCCCCCUCCCUGCCCAGAGAGGGUCACGAUGGGCCAGCAUGGUUUGGGGCGGGGGGUUCUGGGACCCACUCCGACCCUAGCCACAUUUCCCCUCCCGCUUCCUCUGGCUGGACCUGGGGUCCCUGCUCCCUGUGAUGCACUCCUGCCCUGGCCCCACCUGCCCUCUCUCACCAGCCUUGGAUUGUGGCCACUUAGAAAGGGGCCCAUUCAGCCUCGUCUCUCUUUACACAAAUAGUUUUGUUCAUGAAAUAAAAAUUCUUGGACUUGA